CCUGGUGAUUGUUAUCAUUGGGCAAAUUUGGGAAAUAAUGACUUAAAUGCACCAAGACUCACUGUCCUACCUCAUUGAUGGAUUACAUAUGGUUACAUAAUGUUGACUAUAAUAAAAUAGCUUGAACAUGUGGCUAAGAGCAACAUGAACCUGGAGAACAGUCUGCUGUAUUCUUGAUUGGUUAAAGGUGUGUAAAUAAGCUUCAGUGUGAGCCCAAGGACCUUGUUUAAGGGACAUAUUUUUAGUAUAACGAAAUAUUUAAUUGUGGAGGAGGGGGGCUGCAUUGAAUUUAUUCUGCUAUCUUUCCUACAGGAUUUUUCAAGAGAAAGCAUGAUGUAAAGUGAUGAUUGUGACUCCCCUCUGCUUUUCAAUCCUAACUUUGUCAUUUAGUUCCUGACAGUCUGGGAACUAAAACUGAUCUUUGAAAUUGAUUUCCAGAGAAUAAACUACAAAAAUACAUUUGGUCAAAGUCGAACAUUUAUUUGGGUUUUAUUAGUUUUAUUGAAGUGUUUUGUAGAAAAUUUCUUUUGCUGAUGGAAGAAGCCAAUGUUAGGGUUAAAAAAAAAAGUAAAUAAAAAUAAAUGGUAAAUCCACAAGAUAACUUUUUAAUGAAUCAACUUUUUAACAUAAUACUUAAUGUAUUUGUGCUUAGAAAUUAUAGGUGGCUUUUUGUCUGGUUUAAGUAAAAAUUUGAAGAGCUGGUGUAUAGUUAUGCUUCCUGGCUUGGUUUAAGGUAGUCGUCUAGUAUUGUAUUUGCCUCUAAUGUAGGGCUGUGAUCGCUGAAGAAGAAACGAUGUCAUAACUGAGUCUUUAAUUCUGAACAGUUCACUGCUUACUAGAGCCACUGAAAGGCUCCUCAUUUGUGAGAGGAGGCAUCUCCUUUUUCUUUAAGAUGGAAUGUAGUUUAACUCAGCCACAAGAGAUGUUGUUGGCCACUUGGUGUCUCCUUCCUGGUCUGCUGAGAGCAUGAGAGGUGUGCAUAGCCCCUCAUGGCUGUGGCUACAGCUCCAUCUGGCAGCACUAAAAUAGCUGCAGAGACUGAAAAGAACAUGUCUGUGGUAGCCUCCGGGAGGACAUGUAUGCUCAGGACUCUAUAGAGCUACUAACAACAUCUGGUAUCCAGUUUAAAAAACACGAAGAGGAAGGAAUCGAGACCCAAUAUUUUGCAGAACUUCUUAUGACUUCAGGAGUAGUUCUUUGUGAAGGGGUCAAAUGGUUAUCAUUUCAUAGUGGUUAUGACUUUGGGUAUUUAAUCAAAAUUCUGACCAAUUCUAACUUGCCUGAAGAAGAACUUGAUUUCUUUGAGAUCCUUCGAUUAUUUUUUCCUGUCAUUUAUGAUGUGAAGUACCUCAUGAAGAGCUGCAAAAAUCUCAAAGGUGGAUUACAGGAAGUUGCUGAGCAGUUGGAGCUGGAGCGGAUAGGACCUCAACACCAGGCAGGCUCGGACUCACUGCUUACAGGAAUGGCCUUUUUCAAAAUGAGAGAAAUGUUCUUUGAAGAUCACAUUGAUGAUGCCAAGUACUGUGGCCACUUAUAUGGCCUCGGUUCUGGCUCGUCCUAUGUGCAGAACGGCACAGGGAGUGCGUAUGAAGAGGAGGCCAGCAAGCAGUCGUGACAGCAAAGAGUCUUCUUAUUUUUAUUUUAUACGAGUUACACACACGCUUGUAUAUAGGUUUUAUCAUCCCUUAAAUAAUAGGCAAUACCUCCCCCUCCUUUUGUAGCCCUUUUCUGCUCUCUCUCAGUAAUAAGUAUGGCCUUUCCUAGCUAUGAUCUUAAUAAAUUAAAGUACAUUCAGGUUAAAUCUGGCCUUAAUUUAAUACACUUCUUAUCAAGCUUGUGUGACAAAGCUACAUUACUGAAUAAUUUGAUAAACUUUGCCUACUUGAGCUUGGUUUUGUUUUUCCCUUUUCCUAAAUUAACUAGCAUUGAGUGUAAUUUAUCUCCCUCUUCCAUGCCUCUCCUUCUAUUCUGCAGUACUUAUAGGUAUUUAAGAUUGUGGACCAUCAAGUUUGCACUUUAGAGAGUGAUUUCAAUCCUCUAUUUUAUCAGAAAUUGUGAUUUUUCUUGCUCUUAGCUAGAAAAAUGACCAUCCACCACAUUUUUACAGUAUUUGCUUGUUUUUGACAUUCAGAGUACAGCACGUGCAUUGUGCAAAUUGUUGAUUCAACAGGACUAACAGAAAGAGACAAGGAACUACUGAAGAGCCUAGUAACUACUGUUUCUGUGUGUAGUGUUUAACCUUCCAAGCACAUCUCAAGUCUGUCUGUUUCUAAUUGGCAUGCAUAGGCUGCUAUGUGACUGAAGAAUUUCAAACCAGCUUUACACCCUUCAGGAAGAAGCCCUUGUGAUUGGAGAUUUCCUAUCUGCCAGAAAGCUGCUGUUUAAGAUGUUGGAGCUACAGUUUUAUGACAGCAACACUUCCCUUGAUCAGCUUCCUUUUACUCCAUCACUUUUACCCUUAAUGUUUAUUUUAUAAGCAUAUUUAUGAUGUUCUUGAUUUGUUGACUACACAAAUCAAUUUCAUUAAAGUCCAAAGAUUACAAGUCUUAAGGUACAUUUUAUAUCAAAUUAAAAAUACAAAAAAAAAUGUGAUUUCAUAAAUGCUACAAAAAUAAAUAAUGGAGAGAUUUGGUGCAAAACAACAAAAUGCAAGAUAUAUAUAAAUACACACAUAUAUACCUAAUAAAAUUACCUGAGGAGUGUAAUGCUUGUUUAUUUUUUUGUGUAUAUCUUUGCAAUCUAUUUUAUAUAUAUUGACAAGAGACUGUGAAUUAUUUAGCCAUGCAGAAUAUGUGACCAGACCAGAGCAUGUGUUGGAAGAUAUUGGUGAACAUUAAUUCCACCCUGAAGUGAUGGACUACAAGUUGUAAUGUGUGUUAUCUACACUUCAAUAAUACUAGCAAGUUUCCAACUGUUAGCAACAUAGUUUGUUCCCCUUGUACAUUCUGUAUACAUGAUAUGAAAAUGCUGUACCUGGGUGGUCCUUUUUAAACUAAACAUUAUUUGCAAAACAGAGGGUAUUUGUUUUUAAAGCUUUUGUAAAUAAAGGCUUCAAAAAUGUUUUCCUAUA